AUGGAUAAGAGUUGGAUGAUGAUACAAGAUCGGCUAAAAAGUAAAGAGUAUUUAGAGGGUGUUCAGUCAUUUAUUGAGUUCGCUACAAAGAAUUUAGGGCCGCAGGAUGAGAUCCGUUGUCCUUGUGUUGAUUGCUUGAACGGCACAAAAUUUAGUCGACACGUUGUACGGUUGCAUUUGAUUCGAAGAGGAAUCACAAUUUCUUAUCGAACUUGGGUGCACCAUGGGGAACAUGCUCCCAUAUUUCGUGAUCAUCCUAGUAUGCGAAACGAUGAUACCGAAACCAAUGAACCUGGAAUGACUGACAAUCACGAAAAUGUGGAUGAACUUCCUACCAUGUUAGAAGAGAUUUACAUGAGUGGUCUCAUGGAUGAUAAUAUCGACGAAGAACGUACUAGUUCGGAGAGGCACAAUUUGUUGAAGUUCAUGAAGUUCUUCGAUGAUGCUCAACGCAAAGUAUAUCCAGACUUUUUCAAAGACAUUCUACCAAACUGUGAUGAAACUGUUCCAUGGACUCUUUAUGAAGUGAAAAAGUUCUUACGUGAAUUGGGUUUGGGAUAUGAGGCCAUUCAUGCAUGCAAAAACGAUUGUACUCUAUUUUGGAAGGACAACGCCACAUUGGAGAAUUGCCCUACAUGUACGGAGUGUAGAUACAAGUUGAACGACAAGACGGGUAAAAAAAUUCCACACAAAAUACUUAGGUACUUUCCUUUGACACCGAGGUUGAAGAGAUUGUACAUGUCGAAAAAAACAGCCGCAUUUAUGACAUGGCACAAAGAUAAGCGUGUGGAUGAUGGAGUACUACGACAUCCAGCUGAUGGUGAGGCAUGGAAGGAUUUUGAUAGGUUGCAUCCUACGUUCUCUGCGGAUCCUCGGAAUGUAAGACUAGGGCUUGCCACAGAUGGUUUCAAUCCACCAAAAGAAUAA